AUGCUAGGCACGCUGGGCGUGCUGUUCUCGGGACCUGUUGCUGGUGUUACUGUUGAUAAGACUGGCUAUUCACUAGCAAUUGUGUCUGGCUCUUUGGCAAUUGGUUCUGGAUACUACCUGUUUAGAAAGCAGUUUGAAGAGGCCUACUCUAGUGUGCCUUACACUUGUUUUUUGUUGUUCUGUGUUGGAUCUGGAUCCACCUUCAUUAAUGCCGCAUGCAUCAAGUGCUGUAUGGUGACCUUUCCUUCUAUUAGAGGUCUCGCAACCUCACUUCCGGUUGCCAUGUAUGGUAUUAGUGCCAUGUGCUAUUCGGCUGUGGGAUCCCGGUUUUAUCCAGGUGAUACGGCUGGUUUUUUGGGGUUUCUGUCGACCUCGUCGUUGAUCGUCGCCGCACUGUGUGGGCCAAUGAUUUGUCUUUGUGAUAGAUCAAGCCACAUCCACCACAGAAUAGGCACCGACACCCCACGGGCAUCCGCUUCGAUAGAGCUGACCAACUUUGGUUCGGGAACAGUUACCCCGGUGAGACAGGCCGGAAACCCAAUGCCGAUAGCUGGCUUUAAGAACCCAGACCACGAUAUCACGGCCUCCAGGCCUUUGUUCAAGCAAAUAGAAUUCUGGGCUCUGGCUACAAUACUUUCCGUCAUAGCAGGUAUUGGUCAGAUGUAUGUGUAUAGUGUUGGCUAUGUGGUGACUUCCCUCUUUGGGGACUCCAAAUUUAUAGCCCAGCAUACGGCCACUUACUCCAUCCUGGUACAGCAGCAACAGCAGCUUCAAGUGGGCAUCAUUUCGCUUGCUUCGUGUACUGGAAGAAUUUCGAGUGGUUUAUUAGCAGACAUUUUCAGCUCAACAUUGCAUUGGUCUCGAACUUGGCUGCUCUUCGUUCCUGGCGUGCUCAUAUUCUCUGCUCAGAUAUUGGGUGCUACUGUCUCCAGUCUACAGGCUGUGGGAGUAACCUCCAGUUUGCUAGGUUUCGGCUAUGGUUUCCUAUACUGCAUCCUUCCCAUUAUUGUAGGCGAUAUCUGGGGGUUGACAAAUUUCUCAUUCAAUUGGGGAAUCACUAACGUUUUCACGAUCAUUCCGAACAUGGUGUUGGCAGGGUACUUUGGCCGUGUGUAUGACUCUCAUGUUACUCUCAAGGAAUUCAGCCUUGUGGUUGGUGGAGGUGACGAUGGUGCAAAAGAGACAAUUAAACUGAUGGUGUGUGACUUAGGACGAGAAUGCUAUAACUCGGCAUUCAAGCUUACUGCACUUUUGAGUCUGGUGGCUUUGCUUUUGAUAGGCUUCUUCAAUCUCCGUCAACAUGCUGUUUCGAAAAGACAUUUAAAGCAGCGGAGGCUCAGUAGCUGA